AAAGGAGUAAAAGAGAUGAAUAGCAAGCUUGGGGAAAAAACUUGCAUAAAAUUUCAACGGAGGUUAGAAAUUUAAAAAAAGUUACCGGUGUAUAACCGAAAAAUCAGAGUCUAAUGUCAAGGUGCACUGUACUGAUGGGAAUAUAAAUCAGUAGUGUAAUGUCUAACGUUUUUGAAUUUUUAACUAUUUAAAUUAUAUAUUUUUUUAUAGUAAUUGUAAUUGUAUUUAUUUAUUAAAAGUUAUUUAAAUUAUUAUUAUUUAAAAUGGAACACUGGAGCACAAUAAUAGUAGAAUGGAUUAAUUGUUUAAACCUCAAUGAAACCCAGUUGUCAGACAUUCAACAACUUCAAGACAAUUCAGCUGUCUAUGGCAAAAUCAUCCAACAAUUGAAACUUGAUGUCAAAGGAAAAAAUCCAGAUUCUUGUUAUGAAAUAUCAAAAUUUAUUGAAGAAGAAUAUCCAGAUUUUAUAAUAAAUAAAAAUAAUGACGACGAUAAUGUAUCUGAUCAUAUUUAUAAAAUGUCUCUCUUGUUAUUGAGUGCCUCACAAAAAAUAGCUUUUCACAAACCCAUGUAUUCCUUAAAAAAUGAUUCACAAGUGAUGAUAAAAAAAUUUUUAGAGCUUCUUUUACCCCAUGGUAAAGGAUUAACAUUUGAAACAGUUCGCGAAAGUAUAAUGGAAUUAGGAGAUACGAUUCCCAAAACACCUCCAAAGACACCGAAAGAUCGUCCAUUAAAAAAUUAUUUAACAUCUCCAGCAGCACAGUCAGCUUAUCGUCACAAAAUGUUGAAUGAACGUAAUCGUGAGUUGAGACUCUUGAAAGCUCAGCUGGAAACUGAGUUAUUCGAAAAAAUUGAUCUACAAGGAGACAUUAAAACUCUAGAAGAUAAAGUUAAAAAUUUACAAAAACAGUUAACAAAAAAAACAGAAGAACUGAAGACAUUGAGAAUCGAAUAUGCAAGUCCGAAAACUCCACAGUCUGUGAGAAAAAAUAAAAGUAAUCAAAAUGUCGAAGACUAUUUAAAAAAAGAAAUUGAAAAUUUGGAAAAUUAUAACAUGAAACUACAAGCAGAACUAAACCAAGUUGAAGAAGAGCAUGAAAAUUUGAAACGUCGUUUAGCAUCAAAGGAUCGUCUCAAUGCAACUUUGAAGGAGAAGGCGGAAGAAUUUGAACGAGGAAUGGAAUCUUUAUCUAUACAAUUAGAGGUAAAGACCAACGAAUUGUUAGAUUUAAGGAUGCAAAAUGAAGAACUACGUGGUCAUAUCAAAGGUAUGCAAAGAUACUCAACGGAUGCUGACCAAAGUUUUGAAAUGGACAACGUCCUUCGCGCAAGAUCACCAACUCCUGGACUUAACGUCAGUGAAGCUGCCAGUUCUAUUAUUGAUAUUCAACUAAAAGAAGCCAAUGAAGAAUCUGCUAGGCUGAGAGAUGAAUUAUCUAGUAUUCAGAAUAAAUUAGAUGAGGCUUUGCAGGAGUGUCAAGAAUUUAAAUCUCUCAAUGAUUUGCUAAAUGAAAAAGUAUCGAGUUUAGACGAAAUCAAAAUGGCGUUAGAAAUUACGGAGGAUAGAUUGGAAAAACGACAGUGUCAGAUAAAUAUAUUGGAAAUGGAGAAAAAAAACCUGCAAGACGAACUAGAAAAACAUAAAAAAGAUAUAAAUGCUAAAGAAAUUACAUUGAAAGAGACUGAAGAAAUGAAAUGUAAAUUGGAAUCUCAUAUUUCUUCAAUCGCAGAAGAAUUAAAUAAAUUAAAAAUAUCAUUGGUUACAGCAGAAGAUACGUUGGCUCAAAGCGUUACCACAAAAGAAGUCUUGAUGAUGAAGUUGAAUACAGCCGAUAGUAAAAUUGACAGCUUAAAAGAGUCUUUGAGUAUCGAAGCUAAAAAAUACCAGGAGCUGACUGAAGAUUCAGAACAGAAAAUUCGUAGUUUAGAAGAAAAUAUAAAAACGUACUUAGAAAAUAAAUGUCAGCUUGAGGUGACUGUCAGUCAGCUGAAUGAGGAGCUGAAGAAUUUGAACAAAGAGUUGGACAAUAAAAAUUCAAUAAUAGAUUCACUAAAUACCAAAGUAACUGAGUUAGAUGAUAAAGUUGUAAAUUAUGCUGAUGAAAAGCGACAGUUUGAUGAAAUAGUCACGCAAAAAACUGAAGAUAUAUUUGAAUUGAAUAAAAAGCUUGAUGAUAAAAAACUGGCGGUAGAUUCAUUGAAUGCUAAGUUGUUAAAUAUGGAAGAAGACAUCACGAGGUACUUGAAAAAUAAACAAGAACUUGAACAUACUAUUGAACAGCAAGCUAAUGAUUUAGAUAAAUUUAAUAGAGAUCUUGAUGACACGAAUUCAAUAAUUGAUUCACUGAAUAAUAAAUUAUUUGAAUUUAAAAAAAUAAUCGCAAGUGAUUCUGAAGUUAAACUGCAGCUUGAGGAAGUUAUCAGCCAGCAAAAGCAAGAUUUAGUUCAAGCGAAUGAAAUAAUCGAGGAUAAAAGUUCGACUGUUAAAUCACUGGAAUUAAAAAUUUCGGAGCUAAAUAAAACUGUUAAAAAAUAUUCAGAGGAUCAGCAACAACUCCAAGACGCUAUUGAGUAUCAGAAAGAAAAUCUGAUUAAAUUAAAAGAUGAACUUGACAACAAAAAUUUAAUUAUCGAUUCACUAAAUUCUACGCUUUUGCAAUUAGAACAGACGAUUGUUAUGUAUUCUGAGGAAAAACGUGAUCUAAAGAAAAUAAUUGUAGAUACGAAUGAAGACACUCGUAGAUUAAAUCGAGAUUUAGAAGUUAAAAAUUCAACAAUAGAUUCAUUGAAUGCCAAGAUAUCGGAUCUAGAAAAUAUUAUUGAUAAGUAUUCGGAAGAUAAACGACAGCUUGAAGAAACUAUCGACAGGUCUAAUAGAGAGUCAGUUAAAUUGAAUGAUCAACUCGCUAAUAAAAAUUCAAUAAUCGAUUCAUUGAAUGCCAAGUUGACGCAGUUGGAAAAUUCAAUGAAAAUUAUUCUUCAAGAGAAGCAAAAUCUUUCCGAAAUCAGCGAACAACAAAAUAGAGAUUUAAUUAAAAUGAAAGAAGAACUCAGCGAUAAAAAUUUAUUAAUUGAUUUAAUGAGUAAUAAGUUAUCAGACUUAGAAGAAAAUAUUUCGGUAAUUUCCCGUGAAAAAGAAUCACUGGAAAAAUCAGUACAAACUUUGAAAAAUGAUUUAGUCAAUUUGAAUAUUGAAGUUGAUGCUAAAAAUUCAUCGAUUGAUUUAAUGAACAGUAAAAUUUUACAAUUAGAAAGUGUUGUCACGUCUAAUUCAGAGGAAAAGAAACAGCUUGAAGAGAUUGUUGAGCAGCUUAAUUGCAAUGUCGUUGAUUUAAAUAAGGAAAUUGACAAUAAAAACUUGGCUUUAGAUUCUUUGAAUAUCGUGUUAUCAGAAUCAAGAGAUACUAUUGCUAAAUACUUAGAUGAAAAACAUCAACUUGAAAGGGGAAUUGAGCAACAGAGAAGUGAAUUGAUAAAUUUGAAUAUGGAACUUGAAGACAGACAAUCAACAAUAGAAUCAAUGAACGAUAAAUUUUCUCAACUGGAAGACGUCAUCGCAACUCACUUAGAAGAUAAGAAAUUAUUAGAAAAUUCUGUAGAGCAACAAAAGAGGGAAUUAAUGAAAUUGAAUGAGGAACUGGAAAGCAGACAAUCGACAAUAGAAUUGAUGAAUAAUAAAUUUGUACAGUCAGAAAAUAUUAAUGAGACGUAUUUAGAAGAAAAGCAGCAGCUACAAGACACUUUAGAGCAACAGAAGAGUGAAUUGAUAAAAUUAAAUGAGGAACUUGAAGACAGACAAUCAACAAUAGAAUCAAUGAACGAUAAAUUUUCUCAACUGGAAGACGUCAUCGCAACGCACUUAGAAGAUAAAAAAUUAUUGGAAAAUUCUGUAGAGCAACAGAAGAGGGAAUUAGUAAAAUUAAAUGAGGAACUGGAAAGCAGACAAUCGACAAUAGAAUUGAUGAAUAAUAAAUUUGUACAGUUAGAAAAUAUUAAUGAGACGUAUUUAGAAGAAAAGCAGCAGCUACAAGACACUUUAGAGCAACAGAAGAGUGAAUUGAUAAAAUUAAAUACGGAAGUUGAAGAUAAAAAUUCAAAUAUUGAGUUAUUGAACAGUAAAAUAUCAGAAGUAGAAGCUAAAUUGAAUUCCAAGGAGUUGGCUCUAUCAAGUGCGGAAACAAAAAUAUGUGAACUAAAUGAACUCCGAGAAGAGCUUCAGAGUCAACUUGUUCAGGAACAAAAAAAUAUUAUUAUUUGUAUGGAUGAAAAAGACAAAUUGCAAGUCAAACUUGAUGACUUGAUAAAAUCAGACGAGAAAAAAUCUUCAGCUGCCCAAGAAAAAAUUCAGGAAUUAAAGUCUCAGUGUGAGGAAUUAAUUUCCGAGCUUGCCGGCGCAAAUUCUAAAAUUUCUGAUCAAGAUAACGCAAUCCAAGACAUCAGGACUGAACGUAAUUUACUGAAAAAUAAAUUAGAUGACAUUAGUAAGGAACUGGAAAGUCAAAAAGAAGAGACUAGAAUUAUGGAACUACAGAUUGAAGAACUUAAACAGAUUAACGAACGAACGAUAACCGGGUAUCAAGAACGCGAGGUUGCUUCCAAUGAACUCCUAAAUUCUGUAGAGAAAAAACUUUUGUCAAUGCAGAAUACAUGCGAGACACUUAAGUUGGAUAAAAAAAUCCAGGAAGAAUCACUCGCUGUUCUCAGUUCAAAAUUAGAGCAGGUGACUAAGGAGAAAAUUGAAUCGGAGUUAAAGAUGAAAGAAGUAAUCGUCAAUCUACAGGAAGUGAGAGCUAGUCAAGAAGCUGUACUAGAUGCGCAGUCGAAAGCUCUUGCUGACAGAUCUGCAGAACUAGAUGCAGUGAAACUAGAAUUUGCUAAACUUAAGAAAACUCUUGAAUUAGAAAUUAAUGAACAAAAAAUCCAGAGUAAAGAGAAGUCUGAUGAAUGCGAGGCUCUGAAAGAAUCUAAUGUCAGGAAUCUUAAAGUGGUAGAAGAACUUGAAUUUAAAUUAAAUGCAGUAAAUAGUGAAAUGAAAACAUUGCAAGAAGACUAUGAGAGUUUGAAAAAAAAUCUUGAAGAAAAAAUAGAGAGAUCUGAAGCCGCUGUCAAGGCGACGAAAGAAAAUACUGAGCAAUUAUCAGAACAACUUGACAUCAUGGCGACUGAAAAAAAAAAUCGUAGUGAAUAUUUAUCUCGGCUGGUUCGGGAGAAAAAGAACUUACAGGAUGUACUUGAUAAGGUGAUAAGUAGUCGUGAUAAUUUAGAAGAAAAUCUUUUGAGUACUCAGCGGUCGUAUGUCGACACGUUAAAUAAAGUCAAGUAUAUUUUUAAUGAAAGAAAUUCAGCUUGUGAUGAAUUGAAACAUCUUGAGGCGCAGAAACAGGAGUUAGAAAAAUUAUUAAAAGAUAUUAGCGACCGUCAGUCUAAGACUUCAAAGCCUUUGAUAAAAGUUCUCUGCCGAGUUUCUUCGUGGGUUGAAGAAAAACUCAGUGAAAUUGAUGUAUCUGUGAUCAAAAGGGAAUUUAAUGAAUCUGGUGAUACUUUGGCAGAUGAAAAACUGGUUUUGGAAGGAGAGAUCGAAAAAAAUGAGUCAAUAUGCAAAGACUUGGAUGUCGUACAAAAGAAAAUCAAUGAGUUUUUAAAUGCGUCGAUUACUUAUGAAGCGAAUAUGAAAUCGGGUAACGUAAAACGCGAGCCCAGUGCUGAGGAAAAGUUACAAGCGCAGCUUGAAAAAAUUACUAAAGAGAAAAAAGAUAUCAAGGAAAAAUUGGACUCAGCUCGGGUAAGAAACGCGAAGAUGGAAAAAAAUAUUGAUGAGCUGAGGAGUGAAAAUAAAAAAAUAAAAGCCGAGAUAUCUUCGUCGUCUUCAGAUAAAAACUCAGAAGUAGAACGUCUGACAGUAUUAGUUGAACAAUUGGAAAAACGAAUUGAAAGUCUUGAUAAAGAGAAAGAAGAAUUGGAGAAGAAGUUGAAGGACGAUGACUUUGACAGUAGAUUGAAGGAAGUUCACAAUGAGUAUGGAUUAAAACUUGAAAAGUUGAAACAGAAAAUGAAAGUAGCGUACAAUGAACAGAUUAGUAAACUUCAAGUUGAGCAGGACCAGGCGAUGGCAGAGAAAGUAGCGGCAAUGAAGACCAAAAUGGAACAGCAAUGUAAAAAAUACUCUGAAGAUAUCGCUAGAUACAAAGCGCACGUCAGUGAAUUGUCAUCGCAGUUUUGGAACAUCGGUGAGAAACUUUUAGCAGAGCAACAAGAAAAAGAAACGGCCCAACAACGCCUUCAGGACUUACAAAAGAAAUACCAGUCUGCAAUGCAAGAGGCUAAUCAGUCACUUGCUCUAGCUCACAGUCAAGUUAAUUCGUCAAGUUUAGACAGAGAUUUUAAUUAUGACCGGUCGGAUGCGCCGAGACAAAGUUUCCGAGCAGUUCAACUUAUUGAGGAAGAGACAACUACUACUCGAAGACACAGUGUUAAGAGUAUCCAAGCUAUGGGGAACGCUUUUAGUGUUGAGGAUGAAGAGGGUGAAGUCUUUAAUAAUGACUUUUUAACAGACUUGAAGGAAGGUAAAUUCCGUACUGCUGAACCAGGACCUGAUUUUGAUCGAUUAUCAGAAUUACGUAUGCGAAAUUCAUUGUGUCGUCCACAUCUUAGAUCUGCUUAUGCUGUUGAAACACAUUUCCAUCCCUUUGCUAUCACUGAAGAAGAUAUCAAGAGUGGUCCAACAAAUGACGAAACUUUCAAUGACAGUCUCAGUCAAAGUCUUCUUCCAGGUCAGAAGGUCAAAAAGAAGGACAGAACACAGACUUCUUAUAAAAGACCUGGUCCACCUACUCCCAGUAAAAAUGGUGGUAGAUUGUCACUCCAGGGUAAUGAAUUGAAAAGUCCAAACUCAAGAAUACUACGAGAUAGAAAUAGUGAAAGACGUACUACCACAACUCCAAAACGUCUAAAAGACUUUUUUUCAACUUCCUUGUCAAGACGUCAAGAUGAGAAUACGCCGGCUACUCCAAAAGGCCGCAGACUUAGCAGCAUCUUUCGCAAAUCUCGAGCGGCGGAAAGAAAUUAAAGAUAAAUAAUAAUAAAAUAAAAUAUUUUGUUGCAUUUACUUUUUAUGUUCGUUAAAAAAAUAAUUUUAAUAAAAAAUAAUUCAAUGCCUUAAUGCUA